AUGAUGUUUAAAUCCCUCAACGGGUUAGCCCCAUUGUACUUGCAAGAUUUAUUCAGUGAGCGACACACAGACUAUGACUUCCGUCAUUCUUUCCGUAUUAAAGUUAAACUUACCCAAGCCGCGUACUGACUAUCUGAAACGUAGCUUUGGCUAUAGCGGUGCCUUACUAUGGAAUUCUCUUCCUGAAAAUAUUAGGGCGAUUAGAUCAAUUGGGUAG